UGAUUACGUUUUCGGGAUUUUAAACAUGUUAACAGGGGACUGAGUUUGUACUAGCUGGGCUUACAUUAUCUGUCACCAGGUCACUACCUCCCAGUCCCCUCCUUCCUCCAUGCUCUGACAUUGUUACUUAUUACCUGGGCAUAUAUGGAAAGACCGUUAUAAUUACAUGUAGCCACUGUACAUUAUGUUAUUACGUGUACCUUCAUGUACAGGCUACACAUUGUGUACAUGCACUUGCAGCAGGGGAUGAAUUAAUAUUCAUUCUCAAUAAAACCGAAAUACUUGAAUUUGUUAGCAUUGAGAUACAUAGAAAACCACUUGGAUAUUAGAAUUUUUCAGACCUCUUUCAUAGAUCUAGAGUUUGUGUAUAGGGUGUCAAGUGAACUUUCUCUAUUUGCCAUCUUAAAGUGCCUUAAACAUGUUUAAAAGCCAACAUUUGUGACAUUAGCUGAGAAAUAUCUAGAUAUUCAUGUAGAAAAAACAUUUUUUAGACCAGUCUCAUAAUAGAGUUUGUGCAGAGGGUUCCAACUGUAGCAGUGUAGUUUUGCUGGCCCAACUACAUAAUUCUUGUGACUAAAGAAAGUUUUUCAACCUGCUCCAAGUUUUUGUGGCUCACACCCUUACAGAAUUUAUCCAAAAUAUGCCAAUAUGACAUAUUAUCCAUGACACAAGCAUGUGGGGAAGAUUCCAUACAUGUAUGGACAAGACGGACACCAUUUGACACCCUGUGCACAAACCUUAUAGUUAUUUGGUCUGAACAAUUGUGUGUUUUCUAAGUGAAUACUUCAAUAUUUUCAGUGCUAAAUUGGACAUUUAUUGCUUUACGAUGGCUAAUUGGUCACUGCAAGGAUAACUACUGUACAUGUAGUGGGAUCUACAUGUAUACGCGGAGGUCUUACCAGAUUCUGCAAUGGCAUGAGUCACCACAAAGAAAUGAUGUUGGCAUGUAACUAAGGCACACACUUGCAGUGUCACUGUUUGCUACAGUCGGGCUGGUCCUACUCUAGUACCAGUUGGGACUGUCCCAACUAAAACAAGUUGGGAUGGAUCCUGCAUGUAUGUAGCUGGGGCGUAACGAAACAAUACACAGCUAUUAUAUUCGUGAUGGUGAAAAUUUCCAAGACCCUAAAACGCUGCCCAUGUUCAUUUGCUGAGAAGGUUGUAAAUGCAAAAGCAUAACGGGAGGCAGUUCACUGUCCAGAAUCCACUGUCCAAUGGUAAUAAGGCCUAUUCUGUUUCAUCUUGUUUGAACCUACAAUAUGGUCCCAGAUUAGGGCCUGUCUCGGUUCUCCUAUUGGGGAGUAGUCCAUUUGUAAACUACAUGUAUAUGUAUCCCUACACCCAUAGACCCCCUGAGUAUGAUGUCUUGUUAGAGGGCAUUUCUUCCUUUCUUAAGGAUAGGCUCGAGUAAACCUUUUGUGCAUUCAUUGUAAUCAAAUUUGAAAUAACAAAGAAUAGCCUCCGACUCCGCCUUAAUGCAAGGGGUCUAUAAAUGUGGUGGAAAAUCAGAACCAUGUUUUAGUCUUGCCCUAUGAUGAGGUUUUCUUGGGCCUUUCCACAGUAUUUAUCAUUCACAUUAGGUUGCAACAAAAGUCCGCAUUGAAACAGACACCUUUGGUGAGUUGGAGGUUCCAGCUGAUAAGUACUAUGGAGCUAACACAGCACGAUCCUUCAUGAACUUUGACAUUGGUGGAGAAAGGGAAAAGAUGCCGCUGCCACUGAUUCGUGCAUUCGGUGUGCUCAAGGGUGCCGCAGCCGUGGCAAACCAGGAAUUCGGACUUGACACACACAAAGCUGAGUACAUCAUUAAAGCUGCAAAAGAGCUCGAGGAUGGCAAGCUAGACGAUCACUUUCCCUUGGUGAUUUGGCAGACAGGGUCUGGCACCCAGACUAACAUGAAUGUCAAUGAGGUGAUUAGCAAUCGGGCCAUUGAGAUGAUGGGAGGAGUGAUGGGCAGCAAGUCACCCAUUCAUCCCAAUGAUGAUGUGAACAAGAGUCAGAGUUCCAAUGACACUUUCCCAACCGCCAUGCAUGUAGCGGUUGCCAUGGAGAUCCACAGGUGCUUGCUACCUGGCUUGCAGACACUCCAUGACGCCCUGCAACAGAAAGAAGAAGAUUUCAAAGAUAUCGUUAAGAUUGGCAGAACACACACCCAGGACGCAACACCUUUGACCCUUGGCCAGGAGUUCAGUGGGUAUCGGACACAGAUAGCCAAUGGCAUAGCUCGGAUACGUGAUACCCUUCCGAGGCUCUACCAGCUGGCAGCAGGUGGGACAGCAGUUGGAACUGGAUUGAACACAAGGAUAGGCUUUGCCGAGAAAGUAGCUGAAAAUAUUAAGAAGCGCACAGGUCUCCCGUUUGUGACAGCUCCCAAUAAAUUUGAAGCCCUAGCCGCAAGGGACGCCCUCGUGGAGGUCCACGGUGCCCUCAACGUCGUGGCAUGCAGCAUCAUGAAGAUAGCCAAUGACAUCCGCUUCUUGGGAUCGGGGCCGAGAUGUGGGUUGGGAGAGCUGCAGUUGCCUGAGAAUGAACCAGGGAGUAGCAUCAUGCCUGGGAAAGUGAACCCAACCCAGUGCGAGGCAAUCACAAUGGUGGCUGCACAGGUCAUGGGGAACCAGACGGCCGUCACGGUGGGAGCUAGCAGCGGCCAUUUUGAGCUGAAUGUGUUCAAGCCCAUGAUUGUCUCCAAUGUCCUGCGCUCUAUUCGUCUGCUGGGAGAUGGCUGCAUUUCCUUCACGACGAAAUGCGUGCUUGGCAUCGUGCCCAACAGGGACACAAUUGACAAGUAUCUGAAUGAAUCUCUGAUGUUGGUGACUGCCCUGAACCAGCACAUUGGCUACGACAAGGCUGCCAAGAUUGCAAAAUAUGCCCACGCCAACAGCACAACACUCAAAGAAGCAGCAAUAACUCUUGGCUUUGUAACAGAGGAUCAGUUCAACCAGUGGGUACGACCAGAACUUAUGCUGGGGCCCAAAUGAUUUAACUCAAGUUUUAUUUCCAUACUGAAUUAGUUUCUGGAUCUCGACACAAAGCUUGUGAGAAAGAAACCUUCCUUGAAAAUGAUUUUAUGUUUGGGAUGUUACAGAAACAAAGUGAAAUUAGUUUACAAGGAGAAUUGUAAAUCUGGCAUGAGUAGCAAAAGAGUCAUGACGAAUGUGCAUAUCAAUUUAGGAGGAAAUGGUUUGAGAGAUUUAUGUCUGAAUUAUUCACUUUACUGUUCACGUCAGAAAAAAUCUUGCAAAAGCGUGUUUUCUUGGACUUCAGCUAGCCUGUGAAAGUGAUUUCAUUAAAAGCUACAUGUAGAUCUAUAUCUGGUACAGACUUUGUACCGCCAAAGGGAUGUUACUACACAGGUCAGCAUCUACACUGUCGUGAAUGUCUGAAAUCAAACAUGGCCAGUUGCCAAGAUCACCUCCUGCCUCAAAAAUUAUUGUCUGGUAUCACUAUAAAGCAAAGUUUUACAGGGUACACAAUUUAUUUUGAAUAACUGUCCAGUGCCACAAAAAAAGUAGAUUGUUGACCUGAAAUGAGACGGUGAGUGGCCUCAGUGAUAAUGGCAGAGCCUCCUGUUUAUAUGUAUUCUGACUGGUUUAUUCAUAUAUGCGUGUAGAAUGCUUGAAGGGCCUACACUGUAUGUGGAUGUGCAUGUUUAAAUGAGGUUUUCUCUGCAUUAAGGCCACAAGGACAAACAAGCCAGUUAUGUGCACUAGAUAAUUGCUUAAGUUGUAUCUGAGAAAUACCGGGCAUUGUUGCAGGAAAGAAGGCUACGAGCCCCGAGCUGCAGUGGACCAUGAGAGGGCGCAAUUUUCCUAGCAACAGAGGCUCAGUUGAUCGGAACUGCAGUACGCUGGUUGACGAACGAUUAUGGAAUUCAUGCGUUACGGUCACGUCGCUAGCAGCAAAACACUCCCACUAACCUGGUUCUGUUCAACCGAUGACGUAUUGCUUCUGCUCAAGGCACAUUGUUUGCUGCCAAGACUAAUACUUUGUGCUUAAGUUUGCUGUGUUGUAUAAUAGUCCAGUCCAUCACGCACUUCGUAAGUCAGGUUAUAAAAAUGCACCAUAUCAAAUGCAUUCCUUUGCCACCAUUCAGCUGUUGCUUGUGACUUGCCUUGUUAAAGGACUCGUGACUGGAUUUGUGAUAGGUUUGCGAUGGACUGACUGCAACAUGGAUAGUUACCAAAUGAUCUUCACUAGUAGGAAGCAACCCAUAACAUUUAAUUUGUGUCGCUGAAGUUGAGUUUUUGGGUUUUCAGGACUUUUCUUAAAGUUCAUAUGGAUACAUGUGAUGUAUUAACAAAAAUAAAUGUGUUGACACUGAAAAUCUUGA